CCCUUGCAGAUGAUAAAUAUGAGACUGCACUCACUGCAUUAAAGAACUUUUUUGUGCCAAAAGUGAAUGUAGUAGCUAAUCACUACAGAUUUCGCCAGCGUGAGCAGAAACCAGGGGAGACUAUAAUGCAGUAUAUGGCUUCCCUGAGGAGUCUGAUUGUAACUUGUGACUUUGGGAAUAUGGCAGAUGAGAUGAUUAGAGACCAGCUCAUUGAGAAAACAACAAUGCUUCAGACUCGUAGGCGAAGAUCAACUCCCUCCUCCCCCCAAAACACACAGGAGAGAAGUUGGAAAUCAGCAUUAUCUGCUCUGAAAGCACCCAUGGAGGGUGUUGAAGUCGAGAUAGAAAUGAAACGGGAAAGGAAGACACAAAACCAGACUCCAGUGAGAAAAUGUGGGAAGCGAGUCUGCAAAGCCGUGGGCUAUAUCACAGGAGACAUGAAACAGUUUGGAGUCUGGCUUCAAGGUAAACCACUCCCAUUUCAGUUUGUCGACUGGGUCCUGCGAGGGAUAUCCCAGGUGAUGUUUGUCAAUAACCCUCUCAGUGGGCUUAUCAUGAUUGUUGGGUUCCUGGUCCAGAAUCGUUGGUGGACACUCACAGGCUGUUUAGGAACAGUUGUCUCAACAUUAACAGCACUUCUUCUGAAUCAAGACAGAUCAUCCAUAGCAGCGGGACUGCAUGGCUAUAAUGGGGUCCUGGUGGGACUGCUCAUAGCAGUAUUCUCUGACAAGGGAGACUUCUAUUGGUGGCUUCUACUGCCUGUUGCUCUUACAUCCACGACAUGCCCCGUUUUCUCCAGUGCUUUAGGCUCAAUCUUCAGUAAGUGGGAGCUUCCUGUUUUCACCCUGCCUUUCAACGCAGCAGUGACAUUAUACUCUGCGGCCACUGGACACUACAACCUUUUCUUCCCUACAGUCCUCAUUAAACCUGCAACAUCAGUGCCCAAUAUCACCUGGUCCAACAUUGAUGUGCCAAAGCUGUUACAAUCCAUUCCAGUCGGCGUCGGCCAGGUGUAUGGCUGUGAUAACCCCUGGACUGGUGGCAUCUUCCUGGUUGCUUUAUUCAUCUCCUCUCCUCUCAUUUGCUUGCAUGCUGCAAUCGGAUCAGCAGUGGGGAUGCUGGCAGCACUGAGCCUAGCAGCACCUUUUAGCAAUAUCUAUGCUGGCUUGUGGAAUUACAACAGUUGCCUCGCAUGCAUCGCUAUCGGGGGCAUGUUCUAUGCGCUGACAUGGCAGACCCACCUGCUAGCAAUUGCCUGUGCAUUCUUUUGUGCCUAUCUGGGAGCAACUGUGGCCAAUAUGUUUUCUGUGUUCGGAUUACCAGCGUUUACCUGGCCUUUCUGCUUGUCUGCACUCACGUUUCUGUUACUAACCACAAACAUCUCUGCCAUCUACAAGUUACCUCUUGCCAAAGUCACUUACCCAGAAGCCAACCGAGAGUAUUACCUAACAAUGAAGAAGCAGUACCGGGUUUACGAUGGCGCCAGUGGCGCCGUGGCGCCGUGCCCAGACUCAGAAGGGGCCCCGGCCAGCCUGAUCACCCGGCCAGCUGAGCCAGCCAGGAAAGCUGUCUUCCUUCCAUUAGGGAAGCAGCAGGUGGUGCAUGCCCAGGCUGUGCUGAUCACUCAGAGAUCAGUCAGGCCCCAGCCACCGGAGAGACCAGACGUCUCCAGCCUAGCUCGUGACUGGGAAGACCCCGCGGCCCAAGGCGGCCGCCAGGACUGGUCGGGCCUACCCUGCGUCCGCUACCCGGAGGAGUUGCCAGGCCUACCCUGCACUCGCUACCCGGAGAAGCUGCCGGGCCUGCCGCCUGCCCACUACCCAGAGGAACCCAUGGUACUGGACCCCCCCGGAGGACAACACCCAGAUCCAGGUACUACCCGAGGGGGAGUCUGGAAGUAG